CCCUCCAGCGCCAGCCCAGACCCUUGCGCCGCCGGCAGGCAGGGUUGGUGGGAGGCCGGGAGGAGCCCAGAGCCCCGCCCCGUCUGACUCCGAGCUGUCGCUGCACAGGGAGCCCACGGGCGAGUCUGUCUCCCUUACGCCCUGUCGGCUCCUGAUCGCUCCGGGUCUCCGGGCAGCCCGGGGGACGGGCCAUGGGCGCACACUCGUUCCGGGCGCCGCCACUUCUGCUGCUGCUGCUGCUACUGCUGCCAGUGACCAGCGCCUCUGAGGCCGAGCACCGUCUGUUUGAGAGGCUGUUCGAAGGCUACAACGAGAUCAUCCGGCCUGUGGCCAACGUGUCCGACCCCGUCAUCGUCCAGUUUGAGGUGUCCAUGUCCCAGCUGGUGAAGGUGGAUGAAGUAAACCAGAUCAUGGAGACCAACUUGUGGCUCAGACAAAUCUGGAACGACUACAAGCUGAAGUGGAACCCUGCCGACUACGACGGGGCAGAAUUAAUCCGUGUUCCCGCACAGAAGAUCUGGAGGCCAGACAUCGUGCUGUACAACAAUGCCGUUGGGGAUUUCCAGGUGGACGACAAGACCAAGGCUUUGCUCAAGUACACGGGGGAAGUGACGUGGAUGCCUCCGGCCAUCUUUAAGAGCUCGUGCAAAAUCGACGUGACCUACUUCCCGUUUGAUUACCAGAACUGCACCAUGAAGUUUGGGUCCUGGUCCUACGACAAGGCCAAGAUCGACCUGGUGCUCAUCGGCUCCUCCAUGAACCUCAAGGACUACUGGGAGAGCGGCGAGUGGGCUGUUAUCCGAGCCCCCGGCUACAAGCACGACAUCAAGUACAACUGCUGUGAGGAGAUCUACCAGGACAUCACGUACUCGCUGUACAUCCGGCGCCUGCCGCUCUUCUACACCGUCAAUCUCAUCAUCCCUUGCCUGCUCAUCUCCUGCCUCACAGUCCUCGUCUUCUACCUGCCAUCCGACUGCGGCGAGAAGGUGACACUGUGUAUCUCGGUGCUGCUCUCCUUGACUGUCUUCUUGCUGGUGAUCACUGAGACCAUCCCGUCCACCUCGCUGGUCAUCCCCCUGAUCGGUGAGUACCUCCUGUUCACCAUGAUUUUUGUCACCUUGUCCAUCGUCAUCACCGUCUUUGUGCUCAACGUGCACUAUAGAACCCCCAGCACGCACACGAUGCCAACGUGGGUGAAGACCAUAUUCCUGAAUGUGCUUCCCAGGGUCAUGUUCAUGACCAGGCCACCCGGCAACAAGGACGACACUCAGAGGCCGAGGCCCGUCUACAAUGCUGAGCUCUCCAACCUGAACUGCUUCAGCCGCACAGAGUUCAGAGGCUGCAAGGAAGGCCACCCCUGCCAGGAUGGGACGUGCGGCUAUUGCCACCACCGCAGGGUGAAAAUCUCCAAUUUCAGUGCCAACCUCCCAAGAAGCUCCAGUUCUGAUUCUGUCAAUGCCGUGCUGUCCAUCUCUGCUUUGUCACCGGAAAUCAAGGAAGCCAUCCAAAGUGUCAAGUAUAUUGCUGAAAAUAUGAAAGCACAAAAUGAAGCCAAAGAGAUUCAAGACGACUGGAAGUAUGUUGCAAUGGUGAUUGAUCGCAUUUUUCUGUGGGUAUUCAUCCUGGUGUGCAUUUUAGGGACAGCGGGGUUGUUUCUGCAACCCUUGAUGGCCCGAGAUGAUGCCUAAGCACUGUACUGUGCGUCUGCCUGAGGCGAAUGGGAGGGCUCUGGUUUUAAAUUGUGCUAAAACACACUUAACAUAAAAUUUAGCAUCUUAACCAUUUUACAUCACCUCUAUCCCCAGAACCCUUUGAAUCUUGUAAAACUGAAACUAUACGCAUAUCAGUUAAACAAUAACUCCCAUCCUCCCCUCCCCCAGCCCCUGGCAACCACCAUUCCACGUUCUGUCUCUGAGUCUGACUCCCCCAGGGAACUCCUCUGAGUGGAAUCAGUGUUCAUCUUUUUGUGACUGGCUUGUUUUGCUCCGUAUAACGUCCUCCAGGUCCACCCAUGUUGUAGCAAGUGUCAGAAUGUGCUUCCAUUUGAAGGCUGAGAAAGUCCACAGUCUGUAGGGACCAUGUUUUGUUAUCCAUUCAUAUACUGAUGGACACUUGAGUUGUUCCCAUGUUUUAGCUAUUGUGGAUAAUGCUGCUG